CUCCUGAGAUUGGUCACGGGGAGGAGAAAGAGAGAGACAGAGACGGAGGGAGUGCAUGCUGCUGUGGUCUGGGACCCUGUUUACUUAACAUUCUCAGCCAAGGAAGCCCGGGUUUAAAUAGGAUUGCGGAUGCAGUCCGUCACUAUCAGAUGAGGAAAUGAUAAUUGUGGGAUUUGAGACAUUCUUUUCUUGAAAUCCUUUUCGUGGAUUAUGAGAAUGCAGAAUGCCUUUCCUUUUGGGGCUGCGGCAGGACAAAGAAACUUGCCUAGGAAUCAACAAUCAGAGUUAUAUUUGUGAAACAGGCCACUGCUGUGGACAGUCUCAAUGCUGCAAUUACUAUUAUGAGCUCUGGUGGUUCUGGCUAGUAUGGACGAUCAUCAUCAUACUGAGUUGCUGUUGUGUUUGCCAUCACCGACGCGCAAAGCAUAGACUUCAGGCCCAACAACGGCAGCAUGAGAUUAACCUGAUUGCCUACCGGGAAGCACAUAACUACUCCACUCUGCCAUUUUAUUUCCGAUUUUUGCCAAAUUAUUUACUACCUCCCUAUGAGGAAGUGGUGAAUCGACCUCCGACCCCUCCCCCACCAUAUAGUGCCUUACAUCAGCAAUGUAUCCCGCCUGGUGGUGGCAGUGCAACACCGGACACAAGAAACCUACAGCCAUCCCAGACGGGGGGCUCUCUGUCGGGAGCAGGAAGCAAUAACGGAAGCACGGACACCACUGCCUCCCUCAACAUUGGGGAUCCCGAAUCCUCCGCCCCGCUAGAUGAACGAUCAACCACCAAAGCAGCCAGUGGUGAGCCAAGGAACUCCAACAGCCAAGCAGAGUUAGAAGAAGUUCCUGACCAUGUAUCCUGUCCUGAUAAAGAGUCCGAGUGCAAGGAGGAACUGCUUAAAGAUUACAACUCAGAAAGCUUAGACCACAGCAGCGCCUUCUCCGAUGCUAAAGACAAGACGCCGGGCAGACACCGAAGGUUCACCGGUGACUCGGGCAUUGAAAUCUGCAUCUGUAACCAGGACCACCAUGAUAGUGAUCUCAAAGAGUUGGAUGGACUCAUUGAUGACAGGCCCAUGGAUUUCUGUGACAGCUGCAGUGGCCGCCCUCCCCACGGGGAUGAGGAAGAAGGGCUUUUCAAUGUCUCGGAUGAGCAGCAGCCAGAGCAUAACCACCACCACCAACUUCCCCGGCAGCCUGCAUGCGUGCUUCUGAACACCAUAAAUGAGCAGGACUCUCCAAAUUCUCAUGUCAAUACAUCCCCCAGCUAAAACCAUAAUGGUUAGAAGGGAAGAUCUACAAAAGGAUAAAUCCAACUUCACAACCAAAAACAAGUUGGUUCACAUUUUUUCUUCGGAUGUAACCAUGGGAAUAACUGUACAUCUGUGGUGGAGAAGGCAGAAACUCCUAAGCUUUUCUUUUUCCUAAAUGGACCCCCCUCUUCUCCAUCUGGUCGGGGGCUUGAGAUACAAUGUGUGAGAGGAGUGUGCAAAACUUUUUUCUGCUUCUGGUUUUGGUGAUGGUUUAGUCGGUUAGUAGUUUUAUUAAAAGUUUUCAAGACCUUUUUCAUGUUAUGGUCAUAAAGACUUAAUCUGACCAUAUGAGAACAAGGAGUAGCUUACCUUUCCAGGUGUCUUCCCAGAAGCUGGUGGCAUUGGACGGCCUUGGCCGUUCUGUCUGGUUAGUGUUGUUGAAGGGUUAGAAUUAAUUCCCGGAGGUGUGUGGGUGGUUGUUGGUUUCUUUUUUUAAAUCAAUACAGUGCUGUAAUCUUUGGUGCAUUGUUGAUUAUAGCAACCUGUAAGAAACGUUUUCCUCUCGAAGCUGAUGACUGUCAAGGACCAGUUUCUUCCUUUAUCCCCAGUCCCCCCAAAGAACUCUUAGCCUGAAACAUAAUGUUUAUGCAAAGAGGGGUUGCAGAUUGUUGCCUUUUGUUUUUAUUUUCAUAGGCUGACGUAUUCCUUCAGUUGAUGCCUCUAAAGAGCACAGCUAUGAAUUGAGCCUCUCUGCCUUUUUCCAGUACUGUGGUCUCUUUAAAUAACAUUCAGCUGGUGUGCUUCAACGCAAAAGGGCAGGGACUUUGCAACUUUAGGCCAGCACACUAGUUAAAGUGACAAAACAAAACCAAACACAUACACACAAACAAAGAACAGGGCUUUUUGGCCGGCGUGCCUUCAGGUUUCAGUGAUGCUUGUUGAACAAAUGGAGGCAAGACUCCGUCCACUGCAAAAGGAUGACUUUCAGCAUCAACGUGGAAGACCUGUGCAGUAUUUUCUUUUCUAGUCCAAAUGUUAGUGUGAUUUUCAAAAGUGACCACUUUAAAAAGAACUGAGUGUCUGUGUUUCUCUCUCUCUCGAUAGCAGCAACAGGCUACUGUAUAAUGUCUGUGAGUGUGUGUGUGUCUGACUGCAGUACAUGCAUGUGUGUUUCCUAUUGGUGACAUGAAACUUGCUGCUGUAAGACUGCAAAAAGCAAACAAAAAAACCUGUUGCUUUGCUUUAACCAAACAGUGAACUUUUGUUAGUAAUGACCCCAAAAGGGGAAAGGUGGAAAACCCUCAAAAGAGCUGAAACUAACAUUCCCCGGAGCGUUCCUGUGGAAGAGAGAAAGGCUUGGUUUCUAUAUUAGUGUGAUAGAGUUUUGUUUUGGUUCCUCCUUUCCCCUCUUCUUUAAUUACGGUUGUCUAGGUCAUUUAUUGUAAUAAAACGGACUCAGAUUUGAUUGCUUGAAACCAAAAUCCGUUUGGGACAUGGUGUAAUCCCAAAUAUAAUGCCUUUUUUCUGAUAA